AUGAAUCGGGAAGCAGCUGAAACAGCGAGGGAGUCGUUGGAGCUGGUGUUUAGGAUGUCGAACAUAUUGGAGACGGGGCUGGAUCGACAUACUUUGUCAGUUCUCAUUGCUCUUUGCGAUAUUGGUCUUAACCCUGAGGCUCUCGCUACUCUCGUCAAGGAGCUUCGUAGGGAUACUACUACUCCUACAACUACAACUACGCUAGAUUAAACAAGAUUAGAUAAUCAAAUGUCAUUUAGAUAAUCAAUUGUUAAGCUUCGAUUUCAUUUUGCCAUUGCUUGUGUAAAUUAGGAUUCGUUAGGUGAAUGUUUCUUCUUGUGUGCUUAAGAGACAAUGACAUAAUAAUCAUCUUCUUUCAUUUUAA